AUGGAUGGUUUAGUCAACAGCGUUAACGGUGGUGUAGUUGAACACGUUGAAAAGCUCAUUAUUGAUACUGACCCUGGGAUCGAUGAUAGUAUGGCGAUUAUGAUGGCAUUUCGUUGUCCUGAGGUGGAGGUUGUGGGUUUGACAACGGUUUUUGGUAAUGCGGCUACCGAGGAUGCCACUCGUAAUGCAUUGCUUUUGUGUGAGAUUGCAGGCCGUCAAGAUCUUCCUGUUGCAGAGGGAAGCAUUGAGCCAUUGAAGGGUGGAAGGCCUCGCGUUGCUGAUUUUGUUCAUGGUAAAGAUGGAUUAGGGAACAUAUUCCUACCUGAUCCAAAAGCUAAUAAAAUUGACAAAAGUGCUAGUGAGUUUUUAGUGGAGAAGGUAUCUGAAAGUCCUGGUGAAGUUACUGUGCUAGCACUUGGACCACUUACAAACAUAGCCCUGGCAAUCAAAAGAGAUUCAUCUUUUGCAAGCAAGGUGAAGAGAAUAGUUGUACUUGGUGGUGCAUUCUUUGCCUUGGGGAAUGUCAAUCCAGCUGCAGAAGCAAAUAUAUAUGGAGACCCAGAAGCAGCAGAUAUUGUGUUUACCUCGGGGGCAGAUGUUGUUGUUGUUGGCAUUAACAUCACAACCCAAGUGCAACUUACAGAUGCCGAUCUCCUUGAACUGAAGGAAUCAAAAGGAAAGCAUGCAUCUCUUUUGAGUGAUAUGUGCAAAUUCUAUAGGGAUUGGCAUGUAAAAUCCGACGGCGUCUAUGGAAUUUUCCUACACGACCCAGUUAGUUUUGUGGCAGUUGUGCGUCCGGAUCUUUUCACAUACAAGAAGGGAGUAGUGAGGGUAGAGACACAAGGCCUCUGUGUUGGACAUACACUUCUAGACCAAGGACUAAAAAGAUGGAAUACGAGCAACCCAUGGACAGGUUAUUCGCCAAUUUCAGUAGCUUGGACUGUGAAUGUUGAUGGGGUUCUUAGUUACAUUAAGGAGUUGUUGAUGAAACCCUGA